AUGCAGCUCAACAUCCUCCGUACAGUGCCAUUGUGUCGUGGUACCGAAUCUGGAAGCGCCGACUUGAGCGACCAGCGAAUGGAACAAGACAUACCUCUGCGGCACAAUCAUGAAUCGGAUCCUCCCGGCGCUGAUCUUGAGGCUCACCUCGGUCAAGAAGAAGCCCCGCUGCCGGGGUUGAUUCGCGCAUCCAGUCACCGACAGGACGAUGUCAUGUACCUACUUGCAAGGCGCUUUCGCCAACAGGCAGCAUUUUGCCUUGACACAAAAGCCAAUGUCGUCGAACAACACUGGAGAGAAAUUGUCCGUGCUCUAGAGCGGGAUGAAAGUGGUACAGACAAGCUCCAGAAGGAUUUCUUUGGGCAUAUCAAGGAGUAUUACGAACUUGUAAUUCUCACACAUCAGAUUGAGGGACUUAACAAACCAGACCGCCUACUGCUCAAGCACUUCAUUACCACGGUCAAAUCGUACCUUAAGGAAGGCCAGGCCAGCUUUCUUGAAGCCACACGUGACGAUUGGCUAGAGGCGUAUCCUAUCGAAACCCUGAAUCGGUGGUUGAAGCUUAUGCCUGAACAUGGCACUUUCAGAUCUAUUUGCGACAAGUUUCGGAACAGGACGACAACCCAUGAGCACUAUGAUACCCAUGAGUACCCGGACGAGUUUUUCGGUGCGGUGUUCAUCACUCUUUCCCACAUCGUCAUCGUGGUGCUCGUGGGCGGUCCCGUCGUGGUUCAAGCGCUUGACAUCCUGCCGAUGGUGGGCAACGUGGUGAUGUACAUGGUGUGCUUGAUCUUCUUUAUCGUCUUUACCCAGGCGUUUGUUCGUGGUGAGGGGGCUCAAUUUUUGCUGAGCCUCGCCUAUGCAGCCGUUGCUGCCACUAAUCUUGGCCGCGGGUGCUGA